AUGGCGAGACCAUUGCAAAAGAUAAACAAUCUAAACAAUACAAAAGAACUUUGGAAGGUUGCAGUUCAGGUAUACCAUAAAUGGUUAGUUCUUACCAACAACAAAGAACAUAUUGAAAUGAUCUUCGUAGACAAAUAUGGAGAUGAUAUUCACGUAAUUGUAUAUGCGGUGUAUAUGGAUACAUUCAAAGACAAGUUAAAUGUGGACCACACUUACACCGUUUCGAACUUUAACGUUCAGUCAAAUGAUUUAGUCUUUAAACCUUCAAGAUACAAGUAUAUGUUUAGAUUUACAGAAGGGACAUCCAUUAAUGAUGCAGAUAAACAUGUUAUACUGGCCAAAGAACUUAACUUUACAAAUUUUGUUGAUAUCAUGACGGAACGGUUUCAGAAAGAUGUACUCAUAGGUUGUCAUUGA